UUAUUUACUAUUUAUUGUUCGCACGCUCGCCAAAUUUCCCGGGCUCUACCUCUCCUUCGCUUCUGCCGCCGAGCCAUGGUCUACAUAGCUUCCUGGGAUGAAUUCGUCGAGCGUUCUGUGCAAUUGUUCCGCUCCGAUCCUAAUUCCACGCGGUACAACGUAAAGUAUCGACACUGCGAUGGGAAACUGGUUCUUAAAGUCACCGAUAACCGCGAGUGUCUUAAGUUCAAGACUGACCAGGCGCAGGAUGCCAAGAAGAUGGAAAAACUCAACAACAUAUUCUUCACUCUGAUGGCCCGGGGUCCCGAUGUGGAUAUAUCAGAAGUGACGGGCAAGGACCAGGUUGAUGCACAGCCAACCAAGAAAGAGAAGUUGGCUAAGUCUGCUUUCUCGUGCCUCCUGAUUUUAGAUUUAAGAUCAUGCCUUGCACAUUAAACCAUUAGAUAUCCCACUAAUACUACUUGAGUGAAUGCAUAUCAAGAUUUUUCUUUAGCAAUGCUUUAGUCUUUUACCAAGAUGCUCCAACCAUCACUAUGUUAGCUCUAUCUUCAAAUCUGCAUGGAAGGCCCCUUCUUUAGUUGCUUUUGGGAUGUAUUUCUGGGAUUUGUUUCAGUUAUUGGAAUUUCACCCAUCAAAGCUCAAGUCUUUUCUUGAUGGAGCUGAACACUGCUUGUUAUAGCAAGAGUGUGUUCGAGAUUGCUCUAGGUGAAUAGUUUUUCUUUUUCAACAAAUAUUUUUGGGAAAAAAAAA